GCCGCACAACUAUGUCUUUUUAUUUUGUUUUUCUGACAUGCCGUUCCAUCGUGCUUGAACGUCCGGUUAAGCCAACUCUUGACAUCGUCAUCAAAACGAAAGACAUACCGCAUCACAACGACGAACGAGUUGUCUCCCAGCGCAACUCGCAACCGCCCCCCUCUCUCCCCAAAACUUGCUUCAGCGGGGAUAGAGUUGUUGCAAAAGUGGACAGUCGUGAGCCCCUUUCAAUAUCCAGGGCCUUCGCCGGGUGGGUUUCGUCUCCCUUUUCCGGCUAGGUAACCCAGUCACCUCUGCAGGGUGUCAACAUCUUGUCAAGAUUGCAAAAACGCCCCCCCGGUGGGCAGACAAUCGCUUUCAAAAGGGGGCCGCCCUGCCGACGUCUUCUCGUGGGAGAAGACGAAAGAGGUCACUUUGGCCGCCUCGCCCGUCAUGCCUCGACACAACCGCUUUCUACUCUAUCGCGAAGUCUCGUGAUGUUGCCUCCAUCGCCCUGGACGGCGCUCCUGCUGGCCAGCGUCUUUUCUCCGGCCGCGCUCGCGGUCGACACUUGUUCCAAUUCUGUCGAACCAUUAGUAUUACCCAUAAAAAACGUUACCUUUCCGAAUGGCAUCGGUGCCAACCGCGGUCUCAAGCUUACGCUUGGUGGCCAGCUGCAAGGCAUGCGCAUGUCAACCAUCUUGAACAACACGCGUGUGAGGAACAGCCUGGACUGCCCGGACAACACCACGUACGCGUUUGUCGGCUGCCAGGGCUCUUCGGGCAGCGUAUAUGACACUACGAGAGGCUCUUUCGACCAAGUCGUCAAUAUACACGACUGGAAUGUGACCACCAUCGAUGCCCAACCCGACGAGGGCCGCACGACGGUGCUUCACGGAUACGACGUCGCCAACUUCACCGACGCCCCGGCCGUGGCAUUCGGCUACCCCUUCGAGGUCUGGGCCGACUACGACUCCAUGAACAAGAGCGCAGUGGCGCUCGGUCCCAACUCGUCAACCCUCGAAAGCUUUGUGAGAAACGGGCUUGCGCCCACUGGGAGUUUCAGCCUAGACUACGGCUCGACGUCUGAACGGUACCCCCGCGACGGCCAGCUCGUCGUCGGCGGCUACAACGAGGCCCGGUUCAAUGACUCCAAGGUCACCCGGUUCCCCAUGUGGGGAGCCAACGCCCCGGUCCCUUGCCCGCUGCAGGUCGUCGUGUCCGACAUCCUUCUCACCAACAAGGACGGGGACCAUUCCCUCUUCGACCCGGGCGUCAGGGUGGCUGCGUGUAUCGACACCGUCCAGAACAGCUUUACUUUCACGCCGUCCAUGUUCUCCAAGUUCCAGAAGCUCGGCAACCGCACCGAGUCCGACGGCCAGGCCUUCGCAGAGUCCGACUUCCCGGCCGACCGCGAGCCGCUGCUCGGCUCGCUGACCAUCAAGCUGUCCAACGGCUACACGAGCGUCAUCCCGCACUACGAGCUCGUCAACCACGUCCGCGGCACCGACGCCCGCGGCCGGUACGCCGUCCUGAACAACUCGCGCAUCAGCACCACCGUCGCCUCCGGGCUCAGCGACCUGGGCGACAACAUCCCCAUCCUCGGCGGCGUCUUCCUCUCGCAGAACUACCUCCACGUCGACUACGACGCCGGCAGCUUCUGGCUCAGCCCCCAGGUCGCCAACGGCACCCUGCCCGACCACAUCACGGCCUCCUGCAACGGCACCUCGAGCGCCACGGCCGCCAAGUCGGCGCUGGGCGUCAAGGUCGGCGUGCCCGUCGCCAUCGGCGUCGCCGUCGUCUUCUUCAUCGGCCUCUGGUUCUGGCUGAAGAACCGCAAGCGGAACCCGCAGGCCCAGUUCGCCGACGCCCCGAGGUCCAUCCCGCGCAACGAGAAGCGCGACGCGCCCGACUCCAAGUCCUCCACCACCAACUUCGCCGGCUACCACAACGCCGGCUACCACAACGCCACCCACGCGAACCCGGACGCCCACAUGGAGCUCGAGGGCGACCUGGCGCGCCGGUCCAUGGCCAUGAAUUUGAAUCCCCGGCAGCGCGCGGAGCUCGCCGAGCCCGUCCCGGCGUACAAAUCGGAGUGGCCCCGGCAGAACUCGAUCCAGGGGGAGAACGACACUUAUUACAGACAGUUCGAGGAGCCGGGCGAAAGCUACGAGCUCGCAGACACGUCUCCAUAUUCCCAGUCCGUCACUCCGCCGACACAUCCACCCCCCGUCCAGCGGAAAGACACCGCCCUGAGCGAUAACUGGGUCCCCAGCCCAGCGACGUUACGAAAGCAGGUAUCGGGCUUCAACGAUGCCAUAUCGCCAACCAGUACACGGGCAAACAGCACGAGGGUCAACAACACCCACCCUUCUCCUAUUUAG